GUACAGAUCUGCAGUGAUUUCUAGCAAGAAUUCGAACUUGUAACCGUGUUCCUCAAAUAAGACGUAGUUCUGAUCAGUAGUACGUUGCAUGGAGUUGCACAAGAAGGUGAGCAGUGCUAAACCGGUGCUGUAAUUGAUCCCGCAGCAUUGCCUUAACAUUUACAAUGAUGAUGAGCUUCUCGCUUCCAUCUUUACUUUCGACCUUGGUCGUCAUCCUGUUGGCUGUUGACUUCGUUCACGGUGAGAUGAAACCAACCAAAUUUGCUAAAGAGGUUGUUUGUGAAGGCUGUCAUGCUGUAAUAGCAGAGACGAACAAGAUCCUCGGGAAGGGGAAAAGAACAGAAAAGACAGUGACAAAUUCAAUGCGAGGGAUCUGUGAGGCACAGAGGUUAAAUCAAUACGAGUUUAGUCCACCUACAAUGAAGAAAGUUUGUGAUUAUUGGACAGAUAAUUAUAAAACCGAGAUCAAAGCUGCUCUGAUGAAUGGUCUUCCUGAAGACGAGCAGGAAAUCGAACUCUGUUGGAUCACCACCGAUAUCUGUCGAGGCGUCGAUCGUUCUAAUUUCAGAAUAAAUAAAUAUGAAGGACCGAGCAAACGAAAAAUAUUGGCCGCGACAAAAGCUAGUAAAGAAGAGACUGCUGACGAGACUGUCGACGAGGCCGUCGACGAACCACCGGCCGAGAAGAAGGAAGAAGCCAAAGAUGAGAAGAAAGAUAAAAAGAAGUCGAGCAAAAAAUCAUCAAAGUCUGAAUCAAAGAAGAAGGCAGAGGAGAAGGAUGAACUUUAAUGAUUAUAGAAAACUUUAUUGUAGAUGAAAGACCUUAAUUUACCACAUUUAAAUUAUAUUGAAGGAUAGUUCCAGCGCUUAAUAAAAGAGUUGGGGUAAGAUGAUGGCAUUAAGGUGACGUAAUUUUUCUCAUUUUGGGGGUUGACUGUUAUAACAUUUCUAUGACAUUUGCGUAACAAGCUCAUAUACAGUGUUAUUUUCAUUUUCUACAAAUGUAUUCUAAUUUUCUUCGUUCUCCUUUCUUACCGCAUCUAACAGGGGCCGCGGAACGGUUUUCAAAGUGGGGGGCUGAGCCACAAGUGUGUGUGGGGGGGGGGGGGAGCUGACCAUGCAAAAAAUCACAAUCAUAUGGUCAUUUUUACGUUUUUGUACACGGUUUUGGAAAAAAGUGGGGGAUGAAGCCCCCAGCCCCCCCCCCCCCCCGCCCCUGUCUAAAAUCACCCUUAAUACUUUAGCAGGGACGCAGUCGAGGCCGGCCUCGUCGCCACAUAUUGCCGAUCCUGGCCUCGACCUCUUGUGUCGAGUCACGUGUAUUAAGCCCGGGGUAUGCGAGAUGAUAUUCUCCAACGCCUCGCAACUCGGUAGUAUACCAGCCUAGAUCGACUUAAAAAAAAACGUUAACCGUUAUUUUUCAUUUUGUAUAUUUAUUUCUGAAAUCUUUUCCAGUCAUUUUUAUUCACUCAAACUUUUUCAAUCCACCCUGCAAAAUAAUUCAUGCCAUUUGUUAUACCUUGUAAUUAUAAUAAUAUUAUGAAAAAAAAAUCUACGUUAUUGUAUAUUUCAUUUUGAUUCAUGUAUUCAGAAUUAUUCAUGAUUGUUGAUGUGAACAAAACAAAUCUCAAACUUGACUGUAAAAUUGAUUACAUUUUAUUAUACAUAUAUUUUAUUUUGUUUUGCAAUUUGAUAUCCAUUUGUUGUCGGGAAAUAUUUGUAACUUGAUGAUUGAAUUAUUUCAAAAUUGUUAUUGCGUUGUGUUAAUCAUUCAAUUGUGAUCAAACUUUUGUUAUUUACUUUAAAAAAAAGAAAGUAUUCAUGAAUUUACGCCAUAAGGAAUUGUUCUUAUCAAAAGACUGAAUAAAAUACAUUUUUGUAUUAUCGAC